UGAACAGAGUAUCUGCCAGGCCCGGGCGUCCGUGAUGGUCUACGAUGACACCAGUAAGAAGUGGGUGCCCAUCAAACCUGGCCAGCAGGGCUUCAGCCGGGUCAACAUCUACCACAACACUGCCAGCAACACCUUCAGGGUCGUCGGAGUCAAGCUGCAGGACCAGCAGGUUGUGAUCAAUUACUCAAUCGUGAAAGGGCUGAAGUACAAUCAGGCGACGCCGACCUUCCACCAGUGGCGAGAUGCCCGCCAGGUCUACGGCUUAAACUUUGCGAGCAAGGAGGAGGCGACCACGUUCUCCAAUGCGAUGCUGUUUGCCCUGAACAUCAUGAACUCCCAAGAAGGAGGCCCCUCCAGCCAGCGCCAGGUGCAGAAUGGCCCCUCUCCUGACGAGAUGGACAUCCAGAGAAGACAAGUGAUGGAGCAGCAGCAGCAGCGUCAGGAGUCUCUCGAGAGAAGGACCUCGGCCACAGGAGCUGUGGGCGCCCUCACGGCCCGAGCCCAGUGCUCCUGGUGCAGCCCGCCAUCCCCUCCGCGAACCUCUGGCCCGGCCCAGCUGCCCUGCGGGCCCUUGCAGCACGUCACCGACAGUCCCACGGCUGCCCUCCCGCCACUCAUAAUUCCGCCCCCACCCCCACCCCCAGUCCCGCCUCCACCCACUGGGGCCACCCCACCUCCCCCACCCCCCCUGCCAGCCGGAGGAGCCCAGGGGUCCAGCCACGAUGAGAGCUCCGUGUCAGGACUGGCUGCUGCCCUGUCCGGGGCCAAGCUGAGGAGAGUCCAGCGGCCAGAAGAUGCAUCUGGAGGUUCCAGCCCCAGUGGGACCUCGAAGUCUGACGCCAACCGGGCCAGCAGCGGGGGAGGAGGCGGCCUCAUGGAGGAAAUGAACAAACUGCUGGCCAAGAGGAGGAAAGCAGCCUCCCAGACAGACAAGCCCGCCGACAGAAGGGAAGAUGAAAGCCAAACGGAAGAUCCCAGCACCUCCCCGUCUCCGGGGACCCGAGCAGCCAGCCAGCCACCUAACUCCUCAGAGGCUGGCCGGAAGCCCUGGGAGCGGAGCAACUCAGUGGAGAAGCCUGUGUCCUCAUUACUGUCCAGGAUGAAGCCUGCCGGGAGCGUGAAUGACGUGGCCCUUGACGCCUUUGAUUUGGAUCGAAUGAAGCAGGAGAUCUUGGAGGAGGUGGUCAGAGAGCUGCACAAGGUGAAGGAGGAGAUCAUCGACGCCAUCAGGCAGGAGCUGAGUGGGGUCAGCACCACGUAGGGCGGCGCCAGCCCCGGCCGCGACAAGACGUCGGUCCAUCGACGACGGAGGACACGGAAGCCGCCCGCUCUGGGCCUCCGCGGGCACAGGGCACACGCCGACGCCGGGGCCGCUUCGCCCAGUCUCAGCCUGUGACACGUGCCGUGAGGAAGCGGGGUCCAGCCCUGGAGUUUUUAGUCUAUCGACACAGAACACCGGGUCUAUCGUCUUUUUGUAUUUUAUAUUUGCUUAUUUAAGUGUACGUUUCUUUUGGUUGAUAGCGAGGACGCCCCCAACCACCCGCUUCAUUAGACGGUUCCUGAGUUUUCUCCUAGGCGGGCUGGUGGCGGCGUGGCUGGCAGCGCCGGCGAGCGCAGCAUGGCACUGCCACCUGGCAGGGCUGCCGCCAGCUCUGGCCCCAGCCGUCCUGGUGUUGAGCUGCCCGUGCACUGCAGUCUGUCCACACAGUAAUAAACGGCUUAUGUCCACA